AUAAUAAGUUCAUAGUAUGUACAUGGGGAACAGGACUGUAAAAUAAAGUGCUACCAAAGUUUCUCUACAGUAGUGCCAUGCCAUAUAUACAGUAAAAAGUGCAAAGGUAAUUUUAGUUACUUUCUUAAAGGACACAAAAUAUGCUAAGAACAGGAAAAACUGUCUGGUGUCUUCUCAGUUAAAAAGCAACAACAACGAACCCUAAACCCUAAAAUCAGGCACUCACUGAGAUUUUGUUUAAUACACACCAUUUGUCAUUUGUUAAGCCCUAAAGAUUAGCCAGGAACACAAGCUUGUCCACAGUUUCUGGCUUCAACAGAGACCGGUGGCAUGUAACAAUGUUGCCACCAAAGCUAAAUGCCCUUUCCGAAGGAGCAAUUGUGGCCGGGAUAAAGAGAUAUUUCUGGGCCAGUCUAGCCACCCUUGGAAAAUUAGCUUGGUACAGACGCCACCAGUCCAGUGGAUCAAUCAAUCAAUCAAUCACCUUUAUUUAUAUAGUGCUUUAAACAAAAUACAUUGCGUCAAAGCACUGAACAACAUUCAUUUGGAAAACAGUGUCUCAAUAAUGCAAAAUGAUAGUUGAAGGCAGUUCAUCAUUGGAUCAGUCUCUCCAUCAACCUGCAUUGUCUGCAGGUAACUUUUUAGCUCCACUUCUAUGGCCUCUCUGUCAGCGAGAGCAGCUGUGCCAUCGGAGGAGGCCUUUUUGAAAAAGCUUCCCAGGCUCCGUUUUACCUUCUUUGAUUGCCUCUCAACAGCUACUUCAGCAGCUUCAGCACCAUCAGCUGCAGCUUCAGUGCUUGUGUGUGGCAGUGGCUCUCUGACUGUUGCAGCUUGCACCUCCAACAGUGACAGAAUUUCUGCUACCGCUCUGGUCUUGAUGAACUCCUCGCGGUCAUCAGCUAUAUAUGCAUCUUUAAGCCGUAGGUCGACCAAGGAGUCCAUAUCCAGCAGGUCAACCGUUUUUGGGUCCGAGUACUUCUCGUUUAAGUACUCUAGGAUGACUCUUUUCAUGUCCUUGGUCAGCUCGGUGUCAUCAUCAGCUGCAGCAAGAACAGUGUUGUUGAAAAGAUGGAGAACAGGUUUGACGUACGACACACUGACAUAAUCUUCACCACACAGCGCGUCUGUGAAUUCCAGCAGUGGGCCGAGGGUCUGGCUUAUUGAUUCCAACACAUCUCUAUCUUGCCAAGUGGGUACCAGGUGUUUGGUUUUCUUGUCUGCUUUCAGUACCUGUGAUAGUGCCUUCUCUUGUUCAAGCACCCUCUGGAUCAUCAUCUGGCGUGACCCCCACCUUGUUGGUGUUUCUGUGAUGAGCCGAUGAAAGGGAAGAUGGUGCUCUGCCUGGGCUUUCUUCAACUCUUUUCUUCUUUUCCAAGAGUAUGAAAAGGCACUCACAAUCUUCUUGCAUACGCCAACAGCACGAGUUUAUUGAAGAAAAAGAGGAGUAUGAAGAAUCAAGUGAAGUUGAGGAGAAAAAUAAUGUCAAAACUGGAGGACAAUCUUUGAGUUUCUCUAAAACCAAACAGAAAGAUUUAAAGAAUAAAAGAGCCAAGACAUUUUUCAACUGCACUCAGUGUCGAAAGAGAUUCACACACAAAACAGGUUUUGAGCAUCACAUGAGAAUUCAUACUGGAGAGAAACCAUUCACUUGUGAUCAGUGCGGGAAGAGCUUCACACAAUCAACAAACCUGAAGAGACACAUGAACAUCCACACUAAAGAGAAGCAGCACUCAUGUGAUCAAUGCGGGAAAAUGUUUUUAUGGGCUUCACUUCUAAAGAAACACUUGAAAGUUCAUUCAAAGGAGAUGCCACAUUCAUGUCAUUUGUGUGGUAAGAGUUUUUUGCAUCUACAAAGUUUGAAAGCACAUCAGAAAAUACACACUGCUGUGAGGGAGCACAUGUGCUUUGAGUGUGAAAAGACUUUUAGUUCAGGGAGCAGUUUAAAACUGCAUGAAAUGAUCCACACUGGAGAGAAACCUUAUAAGUGUUCACACUGUGACAAGAGAUUCAGUCAGUCAUCAAAUCUGAAAAAACAUGCGAGGAUUCACACUGGAGAGAAACCUUACAAGUGUUCAUACUGUGACAAGAGAUUCAGUCAGUCAUCAAAUCUGAAAACACAUGAAAUGAUCCACAAUGGAAAAAAACCUUAUAAGUGUUCAAACUGUGACGAGAUAUUCAGUGUUUCAAAAAGUUUGAAAACACAUGAGAGGAUACACACUGGAGAGAAACCUUAUAAGUGUUCAAACUGUGACAAGAGAUUCAGUGGGUCAGCAAAUCUGAAAAAACAUGAAAGGAUCCACAAUGGAAAAAAACCUUACAAGUGUUCACACUGUGACAAGAGAUUCAGUCAGUCAGUACAUCUGAAAACACAUGAAAUGAUCCACAAUGGAAAAAAACCUUACAAGUGUUCACACUGUGACAAGAGAUUCAGUCAGUCAUCACAUCUGAAAACACAUGAAAUGAUCCACAAUGGAAAAAAACCUUACAAGUGUUCACACUGUGACAAGAGAUUCAGUGUGUCAGCAAAUUUGAAAACACAUGAGAGGAUCCACACUGGAGAGAAACCUUAUAAGUGUUCACACUGUGACAAGAGAUUCAGUCAGUCAGUACAUCUAAAAACACAUGAGAGGAUUCACACUGGAGAGAAACCUUAUAAGUGUUCACACUGUGUCAAGAGAUUCAGUGAUUCAAGAAGUCUGAAAAAACAUGAGAGGAUUCACACUGGAGAGAAACCUUAAAAGUGUUCACACUGUGUCAAGAGAUUCGGUGUUUAAUCAGGUCUAAAAACACAUGAGAGGAUUCACACUGGAAAGAAACGGUAUCACUGCACUGUACGUGGGAAGUGUUUCAUUCAGUCAUAUGUUUAACACAGUCAUACAAAAACAAUCACAGUAAGGCCCCGUACACAUGGAGACAUGUUUAGCUGUGAUUGUAAAUAUUUUGUAUGGUAUAUGUGUUUCGUCCAGACGGAUCCGGCGUUUGGGAGAAUGAAAUCACUAUAUAUUUUUAAACCGGGUCCCAGAGUGGAUAAAUCUGAAAAUGUCACCUUUGCUUUUCAUGUGUACAGCCAAUCCGUAUAUUUUGCGAAACGAUGUCAUCACCCCACAUCUCAACCCUAGUCAGACACUGCUACAUCAUGUAACAUCAACAACAACAAAAAUGGAGGAAUACAUGUUUGUGUUCAUGCUGCAGAAGCUCCUGAGUUUGAAUAAACGUACAAGUAGAGCGGCACGAUAUUGGAAAAAAACUCACAUUUUGAUAAUUUUUCUCUGUGAUGUGUUGCGACUUGCUUCUCAUCAGGUCUAUUUGAAAAAAUUAUAAAAUCAAUGAUUGGGGUGAUUUGGUAGGUGAAUAAAUAAGCAUAGAAAAUACCGUAUUUUCCGGACUAUAAGUCACACUUCUUUUCCUAGUUUGGCUGGUCCUGCGACUUAUAGUCAGGUGCGACGUAUCAAAAUUAAUUUGACAUGAACCAAGAGAAAUGAACCAAGA